GCCUUGGCGGUGGCGGCGGCGGCGUAAGAGGAAAACGGUGGCAGCCAAAGACGGGGGUUCGGCCAUGAACUUCCCCGGGACGGCAGCGGCGGCGGACUCCGGUGCCGUCUCCUCGUGGCGUCCCCCUUGCUAACGGGACAGGUUUUGACAUUAUGGCAGGGAGGCAUCAGAAUCGCAGUUUUCCUCUUCCAGGAAUUCUUUCCAGUGGUCAAGUAUAUACAUUUGGAAAUUGUACAGAGAGUGAUGUUUUGGAGGAGGAUGCUGAAGUAUAUGAGCUUCGAUCCAGAGGAAAAGAGAAAAUCCGAAGAAGUACGUCAAGAGAUAGACUAGAUGACAUUAUAGUAUUAACAAAAGAUAUACAGGAAGGAGAUACUUUAAAUGCAAUAGCCCUCCAAUACUGUUGUACGGUAGCAGAUAUCAAGAGGGUCAACAAUCUCAUCAGUGAUCAAGACUUUUUUGCCCUUAGGUCUGUCAAAAUUCCAGUAAAAAAGUUUAGUUCAUUGACUGAAACACUUUAUCCUCCAAAAGGAAGACAGGCUUCACGUCCUUCAUCUGUUGAAUACGUUCCAGAACAACAGGAAAUUUUGUCACUUAAUGAUUCUCUUUCUUCCAGUGAGUCAGCUGGUAGCUUUUUAAAAGAAGUAGACCGAGACAUAGAACAAUUAGUAAAAUGUACAGACACCAAAAGAGAGAACCUUAACGAGGUGGUGUCUGCCUUAACAGCACAACAGAUACGUUUUGAACCUGAUAACAAAAACAUUCAACGUAAGGAUCCUUAUUAUGGAGCAGACUGGGGAAUAGGAUGGUGGGCAGCUGUAGUGAUAAUGCUGAUAGUGGGUAUAAUAACGCCAGUAUUUUAUUUGCUCUAUUAUGAAAUUUUAGCUAAAGUGGAUGUUAGUCACCAUUCAACAGUGGAUUCUACACAUUUGCAUUCAGGAGUCACACCCCCAUCACAGCCGAGAGAAAUGGAAAAUGGAAUUGCUCCAACUAAAGGAAUACCAUUUGGCCAACAAGAUGAUCAUAAACUGCAUAGUCACAAUUCUCAGUCUCCUGAUGCUCAACACAAAACAUAGCAAUUAGCUCGUAAUUACAGUGUUAAUGGUCACAGGUUCAUCUGGACUGUGGUGAAUCAGUUAUAUUCAAUAACCACUUCAAAAGCAGAAAUUAGGAAGACUGAAGAUGCUUUUGUUUUUCAGGGUUUUUUUGAGCCAUUUACAAAUGGAUUGAGUAUAAAAUUCCUGCAGUUGUUAGUUGUUGAUAUUGAGAACAGUAAAUUUAUAUGUUGUAUCAAUGUUUAAAGCAAAAAUGUAUUUUAUGUGUCCAGGAAGUUCUUGGAAAACAUUUUUCUUAUUCAAGACCAGUUAUGUUUAAUUUUUAUUUAAAUAAUUAAGGUUAUUAAUGUUUAUUAAGUAGAAUAAUGAUAGCACCAGAUAUCUGCAACUGAAGAAAAUUUACUACUGUGAACCAUCAAAAUACUUAGUUGCAAAAGUUUGUAAAAUUAUUUAUGAUAGCACAUACUUCUCUAUUUUAAAACUUUUGAAAACAAGUGUAGCACAUAUGCUAUGAAGACAUAAGUAGACACAGAAGUAGGAAAGCGAUGUGUUAUGUCUGUAAUAGAGGCUAAGAUAGAAAUUAAAUAUUUUUAAGCCCUAAAAUAAUGUGUUAUGGUUGAGAAGUUGCCAAUUGGUCACUAGAACACUGGAUUAGGUAAAAAACCUAAAGUGAUCUUUGUCUCUUAAAAAGAGUGCUGCCUCCGCUUUUGAUUUUUAAGUCAUUAUAUUGACCUGAUAUUUGAAGCACUUUUGCAAUUCUUUGAAAAGUGUUAUACAUGUAUAGGUUAGCAUAAUUUAGAAAGUAAUUUCCUACAUACUGUGAUAAGAUGUUGCUGUGUUACAUAUGGUAACAUGCCUUAAUUACAUUUAAUGCCUUAUAAAAUAUGUAAGCUAAUAUUUUUAGAAUUAAAAGGCAUUAUUUCAGAUGGUCCAGUGGGAUUCAUAAAUUUGCCUCCACUUUCGCUAUCAAGCACAAAUUAAUGGGGUCAAAACAAGUUUUCACUGUCUGCCUCUGAUGUCUGUUGCAGAAAAUGGUUCAUUAAGCAAAAGCAGGAGUAAAGACACCUUUGGCAUUAGCAAUAAUGGACACAUUGCUUUAUUUGUUGAUACCUUAAACUUUUCAAAGAGAAAAAUGUUCAACUUAAACCUUUUUUCCCCUUUAACUAUAGCAUGAAAUUGAGGAACAGAAGCCAAAAGUGUACAGGGCCACUUUUUAAAAUCUGCUAUGGAUCUGCCAGAUAAACAUUUGCAUACUGGUUUCAUAUAGUUUUUUAAAGUGUGUGUUUUUUAAAAAUGUAACUAAAAUGAUUCAUUAGAAGCAAGAGUUGGUGGAAUCUGGAUUGCCUGUUUUAUGUAUAAUAAAGUAUGUACCUUAAGAUCUGUAAUACCACCUCAUUUUCUGGGCAUUAUUUCCUAAUUUUAAUGUUUCACCUUUUUGACCACUUUGUAUUUCAAACUCUAAUCUUGAUACAAAGUGGUGUGAAUAAGCAUAUGUGGUAAGUAGGAGUUCAUGUAUCUUCAGCAGCAAAGUGUAAAAAGAUAGGACAAGGACGUGAAGUAACAAAGCCUUUGCAUAUGUUUGAGGACCUUAGAUAAUGACCAAAAAGUGUUAAUGUGGAAAUUGUAGCAAAUUGAUUCUUUGAGUAACUCUGUCGUUUAAAAUGUAAAAAAUUAUUUUAAUGUGCCUUGGCAUCUUGAGAAGAGGAGUGUGGUCUUUGUAAUUUAUGCUCAAUGUUAACUCAGUUUACAUUGUAUUUAUUAAGCCUGCUGAAAAAUCAAGUUUUAGGGAAGAAAAUACCAAUAUUUUAAGGUAGAAUGGAUUAGAUGUCCUUUGAAGAACUUUGUUUACAUCAAAGUGAUGAAAUUAAGGAAAGCCAGUGAUUCCUUUUUACUAGUGGUACUUUGAGAUUGUGAAUGAGAGGUCUGAUUCCCAGGAUAAGUUAUUUUUAAAGUAGUGAAGUGUACUGUGUAUUUACUAGUGUCCUACUCCUUGAAGCACACAUUAUACCUGAAUUAUAUAUUUUUAAUUGAAUAUAAUUUGAAUUAUAAUUCUGUUAUAUAUAGAAUUAUAGAUUCUAAUUGUGUCAUUUUUAAAAGAAAAAAAUUCCUAAACAUUUAGUAGAGAAUAAUUUAGCUUUUAUAAAGUACUAAUAUACCUCAAAACUUGUAGCAAAUGCAGAUUACUUUGUAAAAUUUAAUAAAAUAAGAAAAAUUGUGAAUUUUAAUUGUGUUGAAACCCUUAUUUGAAUUUACUUUGCGGUUUCACA